AUGGCAGGAGGGGCUUUGUCCCAGAGUUCGGACUCAUGGUAUGGAAAGGGCAGGCACAAAGUGACUGCUAGUGAUCCCAGCGGCUUCCACAGAGAAACGCACCAGCGGAAUGCAGCAGUGGACAUAGCGGACUGCAGCAGCUGGCUUCCAGUGGGACUCUACAGCCUUCCAUCCCAUCCUCCUACUUCAGCCUCCCAAGAACUGGAGUUACAGGCGUGUACUGCCAUGCCUGGCCCACUCAAGAAGUCUCCUGGACUACAAGGUGUCUGGAUAGCACCCCGCCUGCUGCCUCAGGUCUGUGCUCAGAAGUGGAAGAGAGAUGGGUCUUCAGAUUCUGAGGAUGAAUCGCAGGAGGACCUGGUGGGCCUCGUCACUGGAGUCCCUAGUCUAGCACCCUGCUUCCUGCCUCCAUUGCCUGUCCAGAAGAAGCAGAACGCCUCUCUUAAAGAUUUAGAAUCAGAGAUGCAGCAGGAGGAGAGACCCGGGGUCGGGGGCUCCGACACUGCCCUGAGGAGGAACCUCAGCCUCUCACCGCAGUCCUGUGGCCACAAAUGGAAGAGGGAGUGGCCACCAAAGGCUAAGGAAGAUGAGGAGAGGGGACAUCCCCAGUGCAUGGAUGUAGCCCUCAGGGAAGACAUCAGGCUCCCACCUCGCAAGAGGUGGAGAGAGUAUCUGUCCCUGUUGGAAAAGGAGCAGCAGGUACCACUGCUACCACUAGGCCCUGUGCCUCUGACCCACACAGGUGUUGUGGAGAAGCCUUAUGGCCUCAAGAGAAAGAUGAAGAGGAAGCACCUGUCCUCAGUACUGCCUGAGCACCACGAGGCCUUCGCCAGGCUGCUUGAGGACCCUGUCAUCAAAGGAUUCCUGGCCUGGGACGUAAACCUGAAGGCCUCUGACAAGAACCUCCUGGCCAUGGUUGUCGCCUACUUCAGCCGGGCCGGCCUCUUCCCCUGGCAGUACCAGAGGAUCCACUUCUUCCUGGCGCUCUACCUGGCCAAUGACAUGGAGGAGGACAACCAGGAGCCUAAAUUACACAUGUUCUUCUUCGUCUGCGGGAUGAAUUUCGACAAGAUCCCCCAGUUCCACAAGCUGCGCUACCAGUUCAUCCGCUGCAUGGACUGGAACCUCAGAGUGACCCCAGAGGAGUGUGAGGAGAUCCAAGCUUACGACCCUACACUCUGGGUGUGGGGCCGAGAUCGCACCCUCAUUCGGGGACCCUGGAGCCCUGAGGACAUCGGCCUCAAGAACAGCGGCCAGGGGAGCAGUAAAGCAGAAACACCACAGCGGACUCCCACAGCCAGCGAGCCCAUGGUAGGACCAUGGGGGAUGAGUCCUCCUCUGGGACCAAGUCUCCCAUGA